AUGGGGGGGGUUUGGGGGGUGGUGGUGUUAGGUGGGGGGGGGGGGGGGGGGGUGGUUGGGGGGUUUUGUGUUUUGUGGUGGUGGUGGGUUAGGGGGGGGUGUAGUGUGUAUGUUGGUUGGGGGGUUUGGUGGGGUUUUUGGUGUGUGUUGGGGGGUGGGGGGUUGGGGGUUGGGGGAUUUUUGGUUUGUGGGGUUUGGGGGGUUUGGGGGUUGGGUGUUGGGGUUUGGGGGGUUGGGGGGGGGUUGGGGGGGUUGGUUGUGGGGGGGGGUUUGGGGGGGGUUUGGGGUUUGGGGGUGUGGGUGGGGGGUUGUUGGUUGUGGGGGUUGGGGGGUUGGGGGGUGUGUGGGUUGGGGGGGGGGUGGGGGGGUUGGGGGUUUGGGGGGUUGGGGUUUGGGGGGGGGGUUGGGUGUGUUGUGGUGUGUGUUGGGUUUGGGGGUUGUGUGUGGUGGAUUUUUGUGGUUGGUGUGUGGGGGGUUGUGUGGUUUUUUGGGUUGGUUGUGUGUGGGUUGUUGGGUUGUGGGGGUUUGUUUUGGGUGUUGUGUUUUGGGUGUGGGUGUGGGUUGGUGGGGGGGGGGGGGGUUGUGGGGUGUGUGGUGUUGGGUGGGUUGGGGGGGGGGGGGUGUGGGGUUGGGGGGGUGUGGUUGUUGUUGGGUGGGGGGGGUGGGUGUUGGGUUGGUGUGUUGUGUGUGGGGUUUUGGGGGGGGGGGGGGGGGGGGGGGGGGGGGGGGGGGGGGGGGGGGGGGGGGGGGGGGGGGGGGGGGGGGGGGGGGGGGGGUGGUGGGUUUUGGUGUGGGGUUUGGUGGGUGGUGUUUGUGGUGGGGGGUUGGUGGUGGGUUUGGUGUGGGGUUUGGUGGUGGGGUUUGGUGGUGGGGGUUGGUGGUGGGUUGGUGGUGGGGUUUGGUGGUGGGGGUUUGGUGGUGGGUUUGGUGGUGGUUUGGUGGGUGGGGGUUGUUGUGGGGUUUGGUGGGUGGGUUUGUGGUGGGUUUGUGGUGGGUUUGGUGGUGGGGUUUGUGGUGGGGGGUUUGGUGGUGUGUGGUGGGUGGGGUUUGGUGUGGGGGGGGGGUGGGGGGUGGGGGGGGGGGGGGGGGUGGUGGGGGGUGGUGGGGUGGGGGUGGGGGGGUGGGGUGUUUUGGGGGUGUUGGGGUGGGGGGUGGGGGGGGUGUGGGGGUGUGGGGGGUAGGGGUGUGUGUGGGGGGGGGUGGUGGGGUGGGGGGUGGGGGGGGGUGUGGGGGGGGGUUGUUGUGUGGGGGUUGUGUUGUGGUGUGGGGGUUUUUUUUGGGGGUUUUGGGGGGGGGUUGGGUGGGGUGGGGGUGGUGGGUUUUGUGGGUUGGGGGGGUUGUUUGGGUGUUGGUUGUGGGGUGGGGUGGGUGGUUGGUUGGGGGGGUUGGUGGGGGGGGUUGUGGGGGGGGGGUGUUGGGGUGGUGUGGGUUGGGGGGUGUGGGGGUGGGGGUUGUGGUUUUGGGGGGGGUGUUGGGGUGGGGGGGGGUUUGGGGGGGUUGGGGUGGUGUUUGUUGGGGGGGGUGGGUGGGGUGGGGGGGGUGGGUGGGGGGGGGGGGGGGGUUGUUUUGGGGGUGGGGGUUGGGGGGGGGUGGGGUUGGGGGGUUGGUGGGGGGGGGGGGGGGGGGUGGGGUGGUGGGGGGGGGUGGGGGGGUGGGGGGGUUGUGGGUUGGGGUGGUUGUGGUGGGGUGGUGGGUGGUGGGUGUGGGGUGGGGGGUUUGGGGGUGUGUGUGGUUGGGUUUGGGUGUGGUUGGGUGUGGUGGGUUUGUGUUUGGGGGUGGGGUGGGUGGGGGUUGGUGUUGGGUUGGGGUGGUUUUGGGGGUUGGGGUGGUGUGGUUUGGUGGUGUUGUGUGGUGUUGUUUGGGGGUGGGUGGGGGGGGGUGGUUGGUGGGGGUUUUUUGGGUUGGUUUUGGGGUGGUUGGUGGGUUGUGGGGGGGGGGGGGGGGGGGGGGGUGGGGUGGUGGUGGGGGUGUGGUGGGGGGGGGGGGGGGGGGUGGGGGGUGGGGGGUGGGGGGGGGUGGGGGGUUGGGGGGGUUUUUGGGGGGGUGGUGUGGGUUGUGGUUGGGGGGGGUGGGGGUGGGGGGUUGGGGGUUGGGGGUUGGGGGGGGGGGGGGGUGUUGGGGUGGGUGUUGGGUGUUGUGUGGGGGGGUUUGGGUGGGGGGGUGGUGGGGGUUGGGGUGGGGGUGUGUUGUGGUUUUUUUUGUGGUGGGGGGUGGGGGGUUGGGGGGGGUGGGGGGGGGUUUGGGUGGGGGGUGGUGUGGGUGUGUGGGUGGGGGGGUGGGGGUGUGGUUGUGUGGGUGGUAUUUGUUUUUUGUUUGUGGUGGUGUGUGUUUUGGUGGGGUGGGGGUGGUGGUUUUGGUGUUUGGGGGGGUGUGUGGGGGGGUUUGGGUGGGGGUGGUUUGGGGGGGGGGGGGGGUGGGUGGGUGGGGUGGGGGUGUUGGGGUGGGUGGGGUGGGGUUGGGGGGGGGGGGGGGGGGUGGUGUUUGUGUUGGUGUUUGUGGGGGGGUGUUUGGGUGGGUGGGUGGGGGUUGGUGGGGGGGGGGUGUGGGGUGGGUGGUGGUUGUGUGUUGGGGGUUGGGGGGUUUUGUGGGGGUUGGGUGGUGUUGUUUUUUGUGUGGGGUGUUGGGUGUUGGGGGUGUUUGGUGGUGGUGUGGUGGUUGGUGUGGGGGGGGGGGGGGGGUUUUGUGGGGGGGGGGGUGGUGGGGUUUGUGGGGGGUGGGGGGGGUGGUGUGGUGUGGGGGGGGGGGUGGGUGUGGGGGGGUGGUGUGUGUGGUUGUGGUGGUGGGGGGGGGGGGGGGUGGGGGUGUGUUUUGGUGGGGGUGUGUGGGUGUGGUUGUGGGGUGGGUGGGGGGUGGUGUUGGGUGGUUGGGUUUUUGGUUUGUUGGGUGGGUGGUGUGGGUGGGGGUGGGUGGGGUGUUUGGGUGGUGUGUGGGGGUGUUGGGUGGGUGUGGGGGUGUUGGGGUGGUGGGUGGUGUUGUGGUGGGGGUGUUGGGGGGGGUUGGGGGGGGUGGGUGUGGGGGGGUUGGGGGGUGGGGGGGGGUUGUGGUUUUUGGGGUGGUGUUGGGUGGGGGGGUUGGUGGGGGGUUGGGGUGGUGGGUUGUGGUGGGGUGGGGGGGGGGUUGUGUGUGUGUUUGGUGUGUUGGUUUUUGUUGUGUGGGGGGGGUGGGUGGUUGGGGGGUGUUGUGGUGUGGGUUGGGUGGUGGUUUGGGGGGGGGGGGGGGGGGUUUGUGGGGGGGGGUGGGUGGGGUGUUGGUUUGGGUGGGGGGGGUGUGUGGUUUGGGGGGGGUGGGGUGGGGGGGGUUGGGGUUUGGGGGGUGGUGUUGUGGUGGGGUUGUUGUUGGGGUUGGGUGGUGGGUUGUGUUGGGGGUUGUUUGGGUGGUGGGUGGUGGGGGGGGUGGUGGGGGGUUUGUGGUGGGUGGGGGGGUGUGGUGGUGGGGGGGUGGUGGGGGUGGUGGGUUUGUGGGUGGUGGUGGGGGGUGUGUGUGUGGGGGUUGGUGGGGGGUGUUUUUUGGGUGGGGGGGGGGGGGGGGGGGGGGGGGGGGGGGUUGGUGGGGGUGGUUGUGGUGUGGGGGGGUUUUGGGUGGGGGGGGUGUGGGGGGGGGGGGGGGGGGGGUGGGGGGGGGGUUGGGGGGGUGGGGGUGGUUGGGUUGGGGUUGGUGGGUGGGGGUUGGGGGUGUGGGUGUGUUGGGUGGUGUGUGGUGUUGUUUUUUGUUUGGUGGGGGGGGGGGGGGGGGGGGGGGGGGGGUGGGGGGGGGGGGGUUGUGUUGGGGGGGUGGGUGUGUGUGUUUUUGGGGGAGGUGGGGGGGGGGGUAUGUGUUGUGGGGGGGGGGGGGGGGGGGGGGGGGGGGGGGGGGGUGGGGUUUUUGGGGGGUGGUUGGUGGUUUGUGGGGGGGGUGGGGGGGUGGGGGUUGUGUGUUGGGGUGGGGGGUUGUGGGGGUGGGGGGUUGGGGGGGGGUUGGGUGUUUUGGGGUGGGGGGGGGGUGUGGGGGGGGGGGGGGGUUGGGGUGUGGUUGGGGGGGGUGUGUGGGUUGUUUGGUGUUGUUGUGGGUGUGGGGGUUGGUGUUGGGGUUGUGGUGGUUUGGUUGGGGUUUGUAUGUUUGGGGGGGGGUUUUUUGUGGGGUUGGGUGGUGGUUUGUAUGGUUGGUUGUGUUAUGUUGGUGGGGGUGGGUGGUGUGUGUUGUUGUGGGGUGGGAGGUUGGGUGUGUGUGGGGUGUGUGGGGGUGUGGGUGUGGGGGGGGUUUUGUUGUUGGGGUUGGUGGGGGUGGGUGGUGUGGGGGGGGGUUGGUGGGGGUGUUGGGUUGUGUUUGGGUGGUUGUGGGGUUGUGGUGUUUGUUGGGGGGGUGGGUGUGGGGGUUGGGUGGAGGGGGGGGUUUGGUGGGGGGUGUGUUGGGGGUGGUGGGGGGGUGGGUAUUUGGGUGGUUGUGGUUGUUUUUGGGGUUUUGUGGGGGGGGGGGGUGGGUUGGGUGGUGUUUUUGUUGUGGGGUGUGGUUGUGGGGUGGUUUUGUUGUUGA